AUGCCAUCACACUUCUUCCUACAUACAUACUCGAAAGAUAAGCAUUUGCUAUUAUUUAUCUUCCGAAUGUUUAAUUUCAACAUUCCGGCUCUACUCAUUGGUUGUAUUCCAAUAAUUAUUUGUGAUCCUAAUUGCGUGUACAAAGUCGACGAUGGAUUGACGUUAGACAUUCGGACAUUGGGCUUUGCAGAUGGGAAAGGUCCCAAAUAUAAUCAUAUUUCGAAUGCAGCUACUACAGCAAAUACUUUCAGUUGGAAUGGGUGUUUUUCGUAUUCUACCAAUGAUCAAGGCAACUGUUCAGAUGCUGCAGCAUGCUAUUUUGAUGCAACGCAGAAUAAAUCAAUUCUCAUCGCUAAGCAAGAUUCAACUGAAUUUAAACAUAACCAAGGUUCAUUCGUUCUUUCCUAUAAGUCUUCACAUGGAUAUCUGACAGUAUUCUUAAACUGUCGAGACGAAGAUGAAGACUCAGCCAUCGGCCAACAACACGAUGCAUCAACUUACAGUAUUCAUAUUCAAUCUCGCUGCUGUUGUCCAGGAAUGUGUCACUAUCCCACUCAUUAUGUCAAUCCCAUCAUCAUUGCAAUCAUCAUAAUCAGUAUUUUCGUCCUCGGAUACAUACUUGGCGGUAUCCUCUUCGUCAAACAUCGACCAGAUUCACUGAAUCGUUUUUCAUUUGCGAAUUUGAUAUCUUAUCUCCGACAUCGAAAUAGCAAUUAUCAACAAGUGUAA